AUCUAUAAAACGAUAAUCAUCAUUAAAAUACUUGUAAGCAUCCAAGCACUUGGUCCCUGACUUCUCUGCAUCUUUGUCAGACUGAGUCUAUUUAUCUUUUCCAAGCCAAGUUGCCAUGGCCAACUCCACAUUGAAUGCCACCUAUUAUCUCAACCGAUCCAUAUCAUCUUCCCUUUCUUAAUUUCCUGUCAUCUAUACCCAAAGGUUAGGAAAAUUGCUUGGCGAAAUUGUAUGUUCGGAGCAGAUUGAUCGGUACCACUUUCUGAUGGCAUCAAGCACCCAAAGAGCCUCUACGUCCAUUCCUUUCGCUUCUUUGUGGAAAUAUGAUGCGUUUUUGAGCUUCAGGGGGAAAGAAACCCGCAAGACUUUUACAGACCAUCUACAUAAAGCAUUGGCGGGGAAAAGAAUCAAAGUUUUCAAGGAUGACAAACUUGAGAGAGGCACAACUAUCUCUUCAGAGCUCUUGACUGCAAUCGCAGAAUCAAGGUUUGCCAUUAUUGUCAUCUCACAAGAUUACGCCAGUUCAAAAUGGUGCUUAGAUGAACUUGUAAAGAUUUUUGAAUGCAUGAAGGACUGGAAGACAAUUAUCCCCAUUUUUUAUGAUGUGGAUCCAUCCGAUGUAAGAAACCAAAGAGGAACUUUUAAAGAUGCCUUCAAUAAGCAUGAAAAAGACGGUAUACAUGACACAGAAAAGUUGCGAGGGUGGAAGAAGGCUUUGACAACAGUUGGUGGCCUAUCUGGGUGGAUUUGGGGACAAUAUCGGUAUGAAACCAAGUUUAUCGAAGAAAUUGUAGAGUCAUUGUAUAACAAACUGAUGUGCGCUGGCUGCAACAGGAGGGUUGAAGAUGGCCUCAACUGCUUGGAUGCUCUUUGGCAUCGACCAUGUCUUCUCUGCAAAGGUUGCAAUCGUCCAUUUACUGAUCUACAGUUUUGGGAAUGUGGGGAUCAGCCUUACCAUGAAAGCUGCUAUGAGCUACAAUGUCAUGUAUGCAAUGUUUGCAAGAAAUCUAUCCAAGAUAAUUCAGAUGGUCAAGUUGAGUAUAUGGAACAUCCAUUCUGGCGACAAAGAUAUUGCCCCUCCCAUGUAAAGGAUGGGACUCCUGGGUGUUGUAGCUGUGAAAGAUUGAAGCCAAGGGACAUAACAUAUUAUAAGCUCGAUGAUGGUCGAAAACUAUGUCCGGAAUGUAAAGAAUCUAUUAUCAAUACUGAUAAUGGACGCCGAUCCAUUUGCCUUGAAGUACGAAAAUUUUAUAAGAAAUUAAAUUUGAAAGUAGAGAAGAUUCCAGUGCAGUUGGUCAGCAGACAAGACAUAAUCGAUGUCUUGAAGGAGGGAAAUGAUGGUUCUGAUUGCCAAUUGCCGGUAUUAAGAGCAGUCUGCUUGUGUGAAGAGCGUACUGUUACCAGCGCUAUUUGGGGGAGGCCGACCCAGCUUUUCUGUGAAGUUAAAGAAAUUUUAAUCUGGUACGGCCUUCCUAGAAUACUGACAGGGUCACUUCUAGCUCAACAGAUGAUGAGUGCAUGGCUAAGGCUUAAUCGUUGUCCAAAUUUGAGCCCUGAGGUUGAAAAAGGCAUCUGUCGAUAUUUUGCAAAUAGGUGGUUGGACUACUCUUCUAAUUCUGAUUCAUCUAUAAAUUGCUCUGAGUUUGAGAAGAAGCUUUGUAAAUUUCGGAAACGCAAAAUUGAGUCAGACUGUGAAGCAUUACUGACAGCAAAGGAAGCGGUGCGCAAGCAUGGUCUAGGAACGACACUAGAAACAAUUCGGAAGACAGGAAAGUUUCCAUCUGUAACGCACUGAAAUAAAUAGACAAAAUAGUUCUUACUGUGUAAAUCCACACUUUUUCCUUUUUGUGCUCUUGUAUUUAUACUUUCUGAGUAGGAACUUGGAACUUGUUCAUGUAA